UUUUUUUUGUAUUUCUGAGUAAACUUCCAGGAGGACUAUGAAGGAUUAUGAUGAACUUCUCAAAUACUAUGAAUUAUAUGAAACUAUUGGGACAGGUGGCUUUGCAAAGGUCAAACUUGCCUGCCAUAUCCUUACUGGAGAAAUGGUAGCUAUAAAAAUCAUGGAUAAAAGUGCACUUGGGGCUUUUCCUUAUUCUGGUCUCCUGCUGAGAAUUCACAGGUCUGUUAGUAUGUGUCAGUGGCUGCUUCUGUUUUUGAAGAGUGAUUUGCCCAGGAUCAAAACGGAGAUUGAUGCCUUGAAGAACCUGAGACAUCAGCAUGUAUGUCAACUUUACCAUGUGCUAGAGACAGCCAACAAAAUAUUCAUGGUUCUUGAGUACUGUCCUGGAGGAGAGCUGUUUGAUUACAUAAUUUCCCAGGAUCGCCUGUCGGAGGAAGAGACCCGAGUUGUCUUCCGUCAGAUAGUAUCUGCAGUUGCUUAUGUGCACAGCCAAGGCUAUGCUCACAGGGACCUCAAACCAGAAAAUUUGUUGUUUGAUGAAUACCAUAACUUAAAGCUGAUUGACUUUGGUCUCUGUGCAAAACCCAAGGGUAAUAAGGACUACCACCUACAGACAUGCUGUGGGAGUCUUGCUUACGCAGCACCUGAAUUAAUACAAGGCAAAUCGUAUCUUGGAUCAGAGGCAGAUGUUUGGAGCAUGGGCAUACUCUUAUAUGUACUUAUGUGUGGAUUUCUACCAUUCGAUGAUGAUAAUGUCAUGGCUUUGUAUAAGAAGAUUAUGAGAGGAAAAUAUGAGGUUCCUAAGUGGCUCUCUUCCAGUAGUAUUUUACUUCUCCAACAAAUGCUACAGGUGGACCCAAAGAAACGGAUUUCUGUGAAAAAUCUAUUGAGCCAUCCCUGGAUCAUGCAAGAUUACAACUGUCCCGUUGAGUGGCAAAGCAAGAAUCCUUUUAUUCACCUUGAUGAAGAUUGUGUAACAGAACUUUCUGUACAUCACAGAAACAACAGACAAACAAUGGAGGAUUUAAUUUCACUGUGGCAAUAUGAUCAUCUGACAGCUACCUAUCUUCUGCUUCUAGCCAAGAAGGCUCGAGGAAGACCAGUUCGUUUAAGGCUUCCUUCUUUUUCCUGUGGACAAGCCAGUGCUACUCCAUCCAGAGACUUCAAGUCAAAGAAUCUGAGUCUGGAAGAUGUGACCACAAGUGACGAAAAUUAUGCGAUUGGAUUAAUAGACUAUGAAUGGUGUGAAGAUAAUUCAUCAACAGGUGUGGCCACUCCCCAGACACCACAGUUUGCCAAGCAUUGGACAGAAUCAAAUGAUCUAGAGUCUAAAUCAUUAACUCCAGUAUUAUGCAGAGCAUCUGCAAAUAAAAUAAAGAACAAAGAGAAUGUAUAUACUCCUAAGUCUACGGUAAACAAUGAAGAGUACUUUUUAUUUCCUGAGCCAAAGACUCCAGUUAAUAAGAACCAGCAUAAAAGGGGAGUACUCACUACACCAAAUUGUUACACUACACCCUCAAAAGAUAGAAACCAGUGCCUGAACGAAACCCCAAUUAAAACACCAGUAAAUUCAGCAGGAACAAAUAAGUUAAUGACAGGUGUCAUUAGCCCUGAGAGGCGGUGCCGCUCGGUGGAACUGGAUCUCAACCAAGCACAUGUAGAGGAUACUCCAAAAAGAAAAGGAACCAAAGUGUUUGGAAGCCUUGAAAGGGGCUUGGAUAAAGUUAUUACUGUGCUUACGAGGAGCAAAAGGAAGGGCUCUGCCAAAGAUGGACCAAGAAGAUUAAAGCUUCACUAUAAUGUGACUACUACCAGAUUAGUGAAUCCAGAUCAACUCUUGAAUGAAAUAAUGUCUGUUCUCCCAAAGAAGCAUGUCGACUUUGUACAAAAAGGCUAUACACUGAAGUGUCAAACACAGUCAGAUUUUGGCAAAGUAACAAUGCAGUUUGAGCUAGAAGUGUGCCAGCUUCAAAAACCCGAUGUGGUGGGUAUCAGGCGGCAGCGGCUUAAGGGCGAUGCCUGGGUUUACAAGAGAUUAGUGGAAGACAUCCUAUCUAGCUGCAAGGUAUAACUGAUGGAUGGUUUCCAUCCUGCUGGAUAAGUAUGGGUGUGAUACAGCCUACACGGAGACUAGUGUGAUUGGUUUGAUUUUCAAGUCCAUUGGACCUACAAACUCGUUUCCAAAGAGCUAUCUUAAAGACCAGUAUCUUUUUGUUUUUAAACAGAAAAUACUAUUUUGUGGAUGAAUCUAAGGCAGACCCAUCUGUCAUUAUCUGUUACUGUCUUUUUAAAUCAUGUGGCUUUGUGUAUUAAUAACCGUUGACUUUCCUAGAUUCACUUCCAUAUGUGAAUGUAAGCUCUUAAGUAUGUCUCCUUUUAAUGUGUAAUUUCUUUCUGAAAUAAAACCAUUUGUGAAUAUA